CAAAAAUGAAAGUUAAAAAUAGAUAGAGAGGGAGGUGCAUUGUCUCUGAAAGAAUCCAGCAAUGAGUACAAGGGAUUGACUACAACCAAUCUCCAGUGUGUACCAAUCCAGAAUUUCUGGCCUGCUUUGAUAAAAGCAUUAUCACAUCAUAAUAAUAAAAACUUCUAAAUGAGUUUAUAGUGUUUUCAUUCAAAAGCUUUCCUGAUCUUGCAGAGAAAAGUGAGGGGGGACAAUUUUGAUCUGCAGUCCUUGGGAGGAGAGGAGAAUCCAAAUAUGGUUUCCAAUUUUGUCUUAAGGUCUCUUAUAAUUCUUGGGGUUUUCUGUUUACAAUGUGUUUGCAAAAAUGAAGAAGAGCUUGCAGCUCUUCUGGAGUUGAAGGAUGGGCUGGACCCUGAAAAUAUGGUUCUUGAUUCUUGGAAGCCGACUGGAAAUCAGUGUAGUGGAUCCUUUUUAGGGGUAGCUUGCAAUGAACACAAUAUGGUAACCAACAUUUCUCUGCAAACCAGAAGCCUCACCGGGAAGUUGCUGCCUGUGGUGGCGAAGCUCAAGUUUUUGUCUGGCCUCUACUUGCAUUACAAUAACUUGACUGGGGAGAUUCCAAGAGAGAUUGGGAAUCUAAAGCACUUGACAGAUUUGUACCUCAAUGUCAAUGACUUCUGGGGGAACAUACCCCAAGAAAUCGGAAACCUCACUAGUUUGAAAGUGUUGCAGCUUAGUUCUAAUCAGUUAACAGGAGGAAUACCUGAUGAGAUAGGGGCGUUGAAGAAUGUGGAGGUUCUAGGAUUGGAAUAUAACUUCUUGACUGGACAAAUCCCUACAAACUUGGGGAACCAGUCAAUGCUAAAACAGGUUUUUCUUGCCUUCAAUCACCUCACUGGCGCCAUUCCUGAUGCAUUGGCUAGUGCUCCCAAACUGGAGUCUCUUGAUGUUCAAAGUAACAAUCUUUCCGGAGCUGCCCCUUUGACUUUGAAUAAAUUCAAUGGCACGUUCCAUGGAGAGAAUAACUUGGGCUUAUGCGGUUAUGGAAUGCCAAUGCUGAGAGCUUGCACAGCUUGGGAUAAUGCAGGCAUCAUAAUUGACCCAGUAGCAGGAUCUGGAUCUGGCAAUAAUACACCAACCUCAGGUGGUGCUCCAAAGCCCGCCCCAGUGCCAUGCAACCAAAGUCAUUGUUCAAAUUCAUCAUCACCAUCAGCAUCACCAUUGAUAAUCUCUGAUGACUCCUCCUCCUCCACCUCCACCUCCACCUCCAAGUUCCGAAAAUUUGGCAUUACUGUUGGGGCCGUAUCUCUUGUUGUUACUUUUUUCGUCAUUAUGGCAGUUGCCAUGUUUCUAUAUCUGAAGAAACAAAAAUUUGAGGACUCAUCUAAUAAGUCUUAUUAUGAAGAUCAGCAGUCAAAAGAAUUGGGCGGUGGAAGAGUUCCAUCGACACGUUUGGCGAAUGUCGAGUAUUCAGGUCAAUUGGAGGCGGGGAUGAGCCCAAAAAGUGGUAGUUUGGUGGGGGAUGAUGAUAGUUGUUUAGUAGGGUUCAAGUGUUACAACUUGGAAGAGGUUGAAUCUGCAACUCAGCAUUUCUCAUAUAACAACUUGUUGGGAAAAAGCAAAUUCUCUGCUGUUUAUAAAGGAAUACUAAAGGAUGGAUCUCCAGUGGCCAUCAAGAGCAUAAAUGUGACAGCUUGCAAGUCUGACCAGUCUGAGUUCAUGAAAGGGCUGAGUGUUCUGAUGUCUCUCAAACACGAUAACCUUGUCGAGCUGAAGGGUUUCUGCUGCUCAAAAGCAAGAGGCGAAUACUUUUUGGUCUUUAAUUUUAUUUCUAAUGGUAAGUUGGCAUUGUACCUUGAUGGCCAACGAGAGGAUAACAGCGGACGAUUUCUCAACUGGCCUAAAAGAGUAUCUAUCAUCAAAGGCAUUGCGAGAGGUCUAGUGUAUCUGCACAAUGCAGAAGCAGCCAACAAAACUGUCAUGGUUCACCAGAACAUAUCAGUGGAGAAGAUCCUUCUUGAUGCAGAUUUCAACCCACUCAUAUCAGAUUCAGGCCUUUUAAAGCUCUUUGCAGAUGAUGUUGUCUAUUCUGCCAUCAAGGUCAGUGCGGGUCUUGGGUACAUGGCUCCAGAGUAUAUCACCACUGGUCGCUUCACGCAAAAGAGUGAUGUUUAUGCAUUUGGAGUCAUCAUCCUUCAAGUGCUAUCAGGGAAAUGUGUGCUGAUGAACUCAGCCAGACAGCUGGCAGAGUCUGGCAAUGUUGCAGAUUUGAUUGAUCCUGUUUUGAAAGGAAGGUUCUUUGAAACUGAAGCUGCUAAGCUAAUCAAAGUUGCACUAAAUUGCACAGAUGAGAUUCCUGGACAACGGCCAUCCAUGGCUGAGGCUCUCGAUGAGCUCAACCGACCCUGCCCCUCCUCUGAUUGACCAACGUUGUAAUGUCUUCGGCCCGUAUUGCUAUGCAUGGUGCCUUGAAGCCUUUUCAUUGAGUCAUAGAGCUCUUACUCUCUUCUCACACUCAAGAUUUAUUACCACUUAUAAAUCUUUGUAAAUAAUCGAAGUGGUGCUAUACAAAUAUACUAUGCUGCUAUGCAGAAUUUUCCUUUCUGACAUGUUACUUUUAUAGUUUAUACAGUAUAUCUAUUUCUCUUAGUUACUUCUAAACUGUAAUCAUGGCUCCAUCCAUUCUCUAUCUUAGCC